GGCCAGAGACUGGAGGAGGCGAUAUCCAGUGACUCGGGGGAGGGAGUAGGCGCGACCUCCAGGAAACAACAGCGUCUCCCCGCCGGGAGUUAACGAAGUUGGGUCGGCACUGCCUGGAGCUUUGGCCUCCUUGAGGCUUUUGAAACAUGAAUCCUUCAUUCUUCCUGACUGUCCUUUGCUUGGGAGUAGCCUCAGCUGCUCCAAAACUUGAUCCAAAUUUAGAUGCACAUUGGCACCAGUGGAAGGCAACGCACAAGAGGUUAUAUGGCAUGAAUGAAGAAGGAUGGAGGAGAGCAGUGUGGGAAAAGAAUAAGAAAAUAAUUGACCUGCAUAAUCAGGAAUACAGCCAAGGGAAACAUGGCUUCACCAUGGCAAUGAAUGCCUUUGGUGACAUGACCAAUGAAGAAUUUAGGCAGGUGAUGAAUGGUUUUCAAAAUCAGAAGCAUAAGAAGGGGAAAGUGUUCCGUGAACCUCUCCUUAUUGAUGUCCCCAAAUCUGUGGAUUGGACUAAGAAAGGCUAUGUAACUCCUGUGAAGAAUCAGGGUCAGUGUGGUUCUUGUUGGGCAUUUAGUGCCACCGGUGCUCUUGAAGGACAGAUGUUCCGGAAAACUGGCAAACUUGUUUCGCUGAGUGAGCAGAACCUGGUGGACUGCUCUCGGCCUCAAGGCAAUCAGGGUUGCAAUGGUGGCCUCAUGGAUAAUGCCUUCCAGUAUAUUAAGGACAACGGAGGCCUGGACUCAGAGGAAUCUUAUCCAUAUCUUGCAACGGACACAAAUAGCUGUAACUAUAAGCCUGAGUGUUCUGCUGCCAAUGACACUGGCUUCGUUGACAUCCCUCAGCGGGAGAAGGCCCUUAUGAAGGCAGUGGCAACUGUGGGUCCCAUCGCUGUUGCUAUUGAUGCAGGCCAUGCAUCCUUCCAGUUCUAUAAAUCAGGUAUUUAUUAUGAUCCAGACUGCAGCAGCAAAGACCUGGAUCAUGGUGUUUUGGUGGUUGGCUAUGGCUUUGAAGGAACAGAUUCAAAUAACAAUAAAUUUUGGAUUGUCAAGAACAGCUGGGGUCCAGAAUGGGGCUGGAAUGGCUACGUAAAAAUGGCCAAAGACCAGAACAACCAUUGUGGAAUUGCCACAGCAGCCAGCUAUCCCACUGUGUGAGCUAAUGGAUGGUGAUGGUAGAGGACUUGAGGACAGCAUAUCUGGAGGAAUUUUAUCUUUAAAACUGACCAAACCCUUACUGUAUAAGAUCAUACGCUUGAAUCAUUGAGGAUCCAAGUUGUGAUUUGAAUGCUGUGACAUUUUUAUAAGGGUAAAAUGUUACCACUACUUUAAUUACUAUUAUAAAUAGCUUUAUAAUGUUGAAGCCUCAUUGCUUAACUCUAAGACUUUUGAAUUUUCAUUUUUUAAAAGGAUAUAUAAAACUCUGCCUUUUACAAUAAAUUUUAAUUCAAUACAUAAAGGUGGAACUUUCUCUUUUUAAUGCAUUAGCUUGUAGUAGUUGGGGUAUAUAAUUGGCCUAUAAAGACAUAAGUGAAUGUGCCAGUGUUGCAUUAGGACUAGACACUGGGUGACUUUCUAAAUAUUCUAGUUUUAAACAUGCAUAUUUUACGUCAACUGGGUUACCUAGUGUUUCCAAAAGUAAAUUUAAUGGUUGUGAUUAACAGAUUUUCAGGUGCUUGUUAAUAACUGGAGAAAUGUGUUCAAGAUUCAUAAGAAAUGAGGCUGAGCUACAAGAAUAGUCCUCUGGCCUCAGAAGACUAAUGAGAGAUCACUAGGGCACACUUGGGCUUAAGCUACCUAAUCUCUGAAUUAAAGAACCUCAGAGAGGAACAAAAGAGGCUAAUCAUGUGGCUACACAGUGACUACAAAUGAAACAGUAUUUUUGUAUACUUAAAAGAUGGGAAGGAUAAAAAAAAAAGAUGGGAAGGAAAUAUGCCAGCUUCUGGAUGAAUUAGGGAUAAUUAUUUUCUUUAAGCUGUUGUGAAGAAACUAUGUAUUUUUAUUAGGAAAAAAAUUGUAAAAAUACAUGUACAUUUCCUGCAUGCUAAAGAAGCACACAUACAUGUUUAAAAAGUCUCAUGUUCCCAGUCAAAGAAAUACAAAGAAUAGGCUGCAGAAAUAUUUAAUUUAGCUGUAAUCUAUUGUGAAGGAAAUGAGAGAUGGAGGACAACUGGAACCUUAUAUCCCACAAAACCUUUAAUAGUCUUUGUCCACAGCCAUUUUUGGAAAAUACAGUUUACCACAUUCAGUCAGGCUUUCCUUCAUCUUACUUUACAACAGCAGGCUAACUCAGUGCUGUCUACAAACUCCUGAAGCAACUAAAGACUAAGGAAACAUGUAGAUGCUAAAUUGAGUGAAAGUAUGAUGGCUUUUUAUUUAAUAAAGUUUCAAGUCUGCAAAAGCAGAA